AUGUUCCCACAUCUUUUUCCGUUUGGCCGUGGCCAUCCUGGAGAAAGAAGAACUGUUCCUGUUUCACUACGGGAGUGUAUCAAGUACUAUACGAUGCUAAGUAGUCGGCGAUUUGCAGAAGACGAAUUGUUUGUUCUUGUGGCUUUUGAUAGGAUUGCGAUGCAAAAUAUGUACACUCAGACGUCGUUCCGGUGCCAACGUUUUCCCAAUCUCUACGAAGGUUACGACAAAAUUGACACGGCAUCAUUGACGAACGUACUGCUAAAGAACGAACGACGUCGCCAAGGCGGUAGUACGUCUUGUCAAGAUGGAGACUCAGUUGUGGAUCGUUUCUUAAAAACGGUGGACAUUGCUUCGUGUGCUGUAUGGGGAAGUAAUGCAGAACGGAUGCACUGUCGAAGGGAAGCAUUCGCAUUUCAACAUCCAUCGGAUCUAUAG